AUGCGAGGACGAGUCUCGCUCACUCAGGGGUGGCAGUACGCGGGGGACGGAAGGGACACCUGGCAGCCUGCGUCAGAGGUACCUGGCUCGAUACACACCGACCUCCUCCACAAUGGCCAGAUCCCGGACCCGUUCGUCGACCUCAACGAGCUGGCAGUCCGCUGGGUCGCCGAGCGCGACUGGCGCUACCGAAGAACCAUCUCGGCAGACGAGCUCCAGCCCAGGAACGGCCACCCCGCGGGACAGGAGCGAGUCGAUCUGGUCUUCGAGGGUCUCGAUACUUUCGCCACGGUCUUUCUCAAUGGAAACAAGGUCCUGGUAACGGAUAACAUGUUCACAAGUCAUCGCGUAGAUGCCACGGACCUGCUCCGGCAUGCCGGCAAAGACCUGAAUGACGUCGAGCUGGAAAUCGUGUUCGAGUCCGCCGCUGUCCGUGGCCGCCAGCUGGUCAAGGAGCAUCCGGAAUACAACUUCCUUGUCCGCCAGACAGAGGCGGGCCGUCUCCCGGUGAGAAAGGCACAGUAUCACUGGGGCUGGGAUUGGGGCCCGAUGCUGGCGACUGCUGGCAUCUGGCGGCCGGUGUAUCUGGACCACUACCUCGCGCGACUCGACGACAUCUCCGUCCCGUACAAACUCACCAAAGACCUGCAAAAGGUAUCUGGAGAGGUCGACUUCAAAGUGGUGGCCGCGUCUCGGGAGGUUUGCGGAGAUCUGGCAGUCCGAUCAACGCUGCUCGGCCCAGAUGGUGAGACUGUGGUGUUCGAGAAAGUUGUGCAGGUCUCUCCCGAGCAGUGGAGCGAGACGGACAAUGCGUUGAAAGGACAUGUCCCAUUCAAGCUUGAGAACCCUCAACUGUGGUAUCCUCAUUCGUAUGGGUCACCUAACCAAUACAGGCUCAAAGUGGAACUCCUUUCCUCUGGGGAGGUGCUGGAUGCGCAAACGAAACACAUCGGAUUUCGCCGCUGUGAGAUCAUUCAAGAGCCUUGCGGAUCGGGGGUGGGCACUACGUUCUACUUCCGCGUAAACAACGUCGAUGUUUUUGCAGGAGGCUCAUGCUGGAUCCCAGCGGACAGCUUUCUAUCGCGGAUAUCACCACAAAGAUACCGGAAUUGGGUGGAACUCAUGGUGGAUGGCAACCAGACCAUGGUCAGGGUCUGGGGCGGAGGCAUCUAUGAGCACGAUUCAUUCUUCGAUGCUUGUGACGAGCUGGGGCUCUUGGUCUGGCACGAUUUCCAGUUUGCUUGUGGCAACUAUCCAACCUACGGCUCAUUUCUCAACAAUGUGGAGGCAGAGGCAAGACAGAACAUACGUCGGUUGAGAACUCACCCAUCACUCGUCAUUUGGGCCGGAAACAAUGAGGACUACGAGACCGUGCAGGAACGCUACAAGCUCGACUACAAUCCGGAUGACAAGGACCCUCAGUCAUGGCUGAAUUCUUCAUUUCCAGCUCGGUAUAUCUACGAGAGCCUGCUCCCCAAGGCCCUCGAGGAAGAGCAUCCUGGCAUGAUCUAUUUGCCCAGCAGCCCAUGGAGCGGAAAUGGGGAAUCCGUCAAGGACAGGACGGUUGGCGAUGCUCACGAAUGGAACCUCUGGCACGGAAAUAUGGUCAAGAUCCAAGACAUUGACAAAAUAGGCGGCAAGUUUGUCUCCGAGUUCGGCAUGCAAGGCUAUCCUCACAUGGAAACACUGCAGCGCGCGAUAACCCAACCAAAGGAGCUUGUCCCCGGCUCCAUGACGAUGGAAUUUCACAACAAGGCCAUUGGACAUUCGUGGCGCAUGGCACAGUACGUGCACGAGAACUUCAGACUUCCAGUCGACAACGACCUGGCUUCAUUCGGGCACCUCACGCAAGUCAUGCAGGCUGAGGCGAUGCGCUCGGCGUACAAGUCAUGGCGGAGAAAGUGGAACGACGCGAAGGAGUGCGGAGGCAUCCUCGUGUGGCAACUCAACGACUGUUGGCCCGGUGUUUCCUGGGCGGUCGUCGACUAUUAUCUGGUUAAGAAGCCAGCCUACUACGCCAUUUCCCGUGCACUAAGGUCUCUGGACAUUUCGAUUUCCAGAUCCUAUAACGACUGGACGCACACCACCAUUAAUCCCACGCUGGACGUUGGGCACACUAACCCUACUGCCGACAGAUUCGAUGGUGGGGAAAUGACAGUUUGGAUUUCUAGCUUCAAGCGUGAAAACAUCACCGCAGAAGUGGAAAUCCGGCUCAUUUCUAUCCGCACAGGCAAGGAGCGCACCGGGAGCCCAACGCAGGCUGCGGCCUGGAAUCAUACGGUCAAAGGCAACAAUACCACUGACUGCGGCACCCACCGGCUCCCAGUAACUAAAAUCCCGCCCGAGCUCGACGAACCUGACCCGUAUGUGGUCCUCGCUACGCUCCGAGCAGACGGCAAGAUCGUGGCAGACGACGUCGCCUGGCCGCAGCCGAUCAAGUACCUCGAGCUCUCUGAUCGGCAAGUAUCGGUGUCUUUUGACGGCGUAAACGCGGUCCUGUCUGCGAAGAACCCAGUCAAGGGAUUUGUGUUUGACGAGGUGGAGGGGAUGAAGCUCGGCGACAAUGGCUUCGACGUCGUUCCCGGGCUGGACAGAAUCGUGAGUGUCAAGGCCCCGGCGUCUGUCUCGCGCCUGGGAUACAGGUACAUUGGCGGGCACGGCUCGGUAUCAUUGAAACCAUGA